AUGGACAAACCCUGGGGUGGUAUCGGCGCCUGGGCAGCCGACUCUGAGCGAGCCGAAGCGGAGGAGCUCGCGGAGGCUGCCCAAGCUGAGUCCCAGAGCUUCCCGAGCCUCAAGGAAGCCGCGAACGCAAAGCCCAAGAAGAAGAAGAUGAGCCUCUCCGAGUUCAACAUGGGGGGCUCUUUCUCCGCCUCCGGGCCCGCCGCCUCAAGUCGGGUCGGGCUCACUCCUGAAGAGAUGAUGCGCCUCCCUACCGGCCCCAAAGAGCGCUCUGCGGACGAAAUGCAGUAUGGUCGCCUCGGCGGUGGGUUUUCCUCGUACGGCCGCUCCGGUUCGAAUCCGGGUCGGGGAAGGGACCGUGACGACGCGGAAGGGUCGUGGGGCGGUGGUGGCAGAAGAUCCUACGGUGGAUUCGACGACGACCGAAGAGCUCCCUCUUCUAGGGUUUCGGAUUUCGAUCAACCGUCGAGGGCAGACGAGGUUGACAAUUGGGCAUUGACCAAGAAGUCUCUUCCUUCUGCAGAUUCAGGUCGGCAGAACCGGUAUAGCUCGCUCGGUGGCGGUGGCGGUGGUGGUGGUGGGGGCGGUGGCAGUGGAGGUGCCGGUGCCGGUGGGGGUGUUGGCGGACCUUGGUCUAGGGCAGACGGGGUUGACGAGGUUGAUAACUGGGCUGUUGGGAAGAAGCCUGCUCCUGCAAGAUCAUCCACAUUUGGGUCUGGAUUUCGCGAUUCGGGCCCGGAGCCCGAUCGCUGGGCGAGAGGCGGACGCGAGGUGGACAGCGUUGAGAGAGAGCGACCCAGAUUGGUUUUGGAUCCUCCAAAAGGCGAGUUGGGCGUGAAUGAGUCAGUGCAGGUUGUGAAGACCAAUAAGCCCAGCCCGUUCGGGGCAGCUCGACCUAGAGAGGAGAUUUUGGCCGAGAAGGGGUUGGAUUGGAAGAAGUUGGACUCGGAAAUUGACGCCAAGAAGACGAGUCGGCCAACGAGUGCGCACUCAAGCAGGCCUUCCAGUGCUCAGUCAAGCCGGUCUGAAGGUCCUGGGCUGCAUGGGAGUGAGAAUGUGGUGAAGCCGCGGCCCAAAGUGAACCCAUUUGGUGAUGCCAAGCCAAGGGAAGUUUUGCUGGAGGAGCGAGGUAAAGAUUGGCGGAAGAUUGAUCUCGAGUUGGAGCAUCUCAGUGUUGACAGACCCGAAACGGAAGAGGAAAGGAAAUUAAAGGAAGAAAUUGAUCAUCUAAAGAAGGAACUUGAGAAAGAAUCUCCAGAUAAAACGAACAGCGAAACUGGCCAAGAGUCUGGUGGUGACCAGGCAAGUCUACGCGAUAUAGUACUUCAGAAGGAAAGGGAAUUGGAGACACUGAUCCACGAUUUGGAUGACAAAGUUCGCUUUGGUCAGAAGGCCAUCGAUAGACCUGGGUCUGGGGCAGGCAGGCCUGGAUUCUAG